AUGAGCACAAUUUCGAUAUAGUUGACAGUUCAGUACAUAACACAUAACAGUACAUAAGAUGAUAUAGAAUUGCAUAAACUAGCAACGGGUCUCGUAUUCUGAAUACGUCGCACAUACGUGCAAUAUUCGACCAAUUAACCGUUUAGAAAGAUGACACUAUGCUAAUUAUUAUGAUUGAUAUUAAGUGAAGGGCAGGUCGGCGUAAAAACAUAAACCGGUAUUUGCAGGCAUGGAUAACGUUCUCAUUUCCUGAAGAUCGUCAGCAGGUGUUUCUCUGUCAAUCUUGCUGUCAAAACCUUCACCAUGGCCUCUGCCACAGAGCAACAGCAACAGACUACAUUGGAAUUUUACCAGGCGAUGGCUGACUUUAAGAACAUGUUCCCGCAAAUGGAUGACGAUGUGAUAGAGGCUGUGCUACGAUCCAAUCAAGGAGCUGUGGAUACUACAAUUGACCAGUUACUUACCAUGAGUACUGACAAUGAAAAUGAAAAGAUUAGAAGUGAAUUGGAGCAAAAGGAAGAACUGCCAAGCACUACAAAGUCACCUAGGAAAGACACUAGCAAAUCGUUAAAGACUGUACACAAGUGGCAGCCACCAUUGUUGGGACCAUUGCCAGAUACCUUUCUAAGACUACCCCAGCAAAUGUCAGAUGAUGGUGUUGACUCGACGUAUUCUCAAGAAAAUUCUAUGCUAGAGGAUGAGAGAAUUGCUAUGUUCCUGCAGAAUGAGGAGUUCAUGGCAGAACUUCGUUGGAAUGAAGAUUUUCUAUCUACAUUGGAACAUGAUUCGAAGCUCGAAAAGUGCGGCGGCCAGACCGGUCACGAUGAUGAGGAUCUAUUUAAGGAAAGAUUAAAAAAUAUGGGCAAAUUAUCUCGACGUAAAUUCGCACAACUUACGAAAGUAUUCACUCGCAGUAAGAAACGCGGCGGUAGGCAAUUAUUGCCGCCAACAGCUUCUUGUGACGAUCUCUUGGAUCCAGAAGAGUCAUCCAAACCUCAAUCCUAAAAAAAAAAUCUGUACCUAUAACUCUACAGGGAAUAUCUAUACUCUUGUCUUACUUUAUUGUGAAGAUAGAGAACAAACUUAAUGGCGUUUACAGCUUAAGUGUAAUUUUAAUAUCACAAAAUCAAGCAUAUCUAUGUCGUAAUUUGCAAAAUGAGAGAAAAUUAUGUUAGAGUACCAUGCGUAAGAUAUAAGUUAAUUAGUGAUUUAUGUUUUUGGUUCAUCAUUGACAAGAUCAUUAGAUCAUUCAACACAGAUAAUGAAAUUGCUAGGUUGAGGAUUCGAAAUCCACUCUAUCAGUGAACAGACAAAAAUUUACUAACAAUAAGGAGAAUGAAUGUCAAGAAGAAAGUCAAAUAAUACAUCAAAUUAUCAAAA